GGAUCGCUCUAUAGGAGGUGGAGGACCGCCUGUCCCUUCUCUGCCCGUUACUGUCAAUGGCUUUCAGGACGUAAUUUUCUUUGAAUGUCUGGGCCCUUUAAGUGACCAAUAAUGGAUAUUCUAUGGAUAUUAUGGACCAUACCGGCCGUAAUAGCUGUUGAAGAAACACUCAUGGACUCCACCACAGCCACAGCAGAACUGGGCUGGACAGUCUACCCAGUGUCAGGGUCCAGUGACAACAGUUGGGAGGAGGUGAGCGGUUAUGAUGAAAACAUGAACACCAUCAGGACUUACCAGGUCUGCAAUGUUUUUGACAACAAUCAGAACAACUGGGUACGGACAAAGUACAUCCGCCGACGCGGUGCACAGCGGAUCCAUGUAGAAAUGAAGUUCUCAGUGAGGGACUGCAGUAGUAUCCCCAAUGUACCGGGCUCCUGCAAAGAGACUUUUAAUCUGUAUUACUAUGAGUCGGAUGCCGACACAGCCACCAGGACCUCCCCACCGUGGAUGGAGAACCCCUGGAUCAAGGUCGACACAAUUGCUGCAGAUGAGAGCUUCUCCCAAGUGGACCUCGGGGGUAGAGUGAUGAAGAUCAACACUGAGGUUCGGAGUUUCGGCCCUGUGUCACGAAAUGGUUUCUAUUUGGCCUUCCAGGAUUACGGUGGCUGCAUGUCUCUCAUAGCUGUUCGCGUCUUCUACCGGAAGUGCCCUCGCAUCAUAACUAAUGGAGCACUGUUCCAGGAGACACUGUCAGGAGCAGAGAGCACAUCCCUGGUGGCAGCAAGGGGUGUUUGCAUCCCUAAUGCCGAGGAGGUGGAUGUGCCCAUUAAGCUGUACUGCAAUGGAGAUGGAGAAUGGAUGGUUCCCAUUGGACGCUGCAUGUGCAAAGCUGGGAACGAGGCUGUGGAAAAUGGAACUGUUUGUCGAGCUUGUCCAUCUGGGUUUUUCAAGCCAACUCAAGGUGAUGAGCCAUGCAUGCAGUGUCCCAUCAACAGUCGAACCACGAGCGAAGGCGCCAUUAACUGCGUUUGCCGCAACGGAUACUAUAGGACCGACUCCGAUCCUCUCCAAAUGCCGUGUACAACGGUGCCAUCGGCUCCACAGACUGUCAUCUCCAGUGUGAAUGAAACCUCGGUGAUGCUGGAAUGGCUGGCACCUCGAGAUUCGGGCGGCCGCGAGGACGUCGUCUUCAACAUCAUCUGCAAGAGCUGUGGCGGAGGCCGCGGAGGCUGUACUCGCUGUGGGGACAACGUUCAGUUUUUGCCACGUCAGCUGGGGCUGACAGAACCCCGGGUCUAUAUUAGUGACCUGUUGGCCCACACACAGUACACGUUUGAAGUACAGGCUGUCAACGGGGUGUCAGAUCAGAGCCCUUACUCCCCUCAGUACGCCUCAGUCAACAUUACCACUAACCAGGCUGCUCCAUCCACUGUAUCUAUAAUGCAUCAGGUCAGUCGUACUGUGAACAGCAUCACCCUCUCCUGGUCCCAGCCAGACCAGCCUAAUGGAGUCAUUCUGGACUAUGAACUACAGUACUAUGAAAAGGACCAAUCAGAAUAUAACUCUACCACCAUCAGGAGCCAGACCAAUACAGUGGUCAUCCGUGGCCUCAAGCCCGGAAGCAUCUACGUGUUCCAGGUCCGGGCCCGCACUGUAGCCGGGUUUGGACGCUACAGUGGCAAACUGUACUUCCAGACCAUGACGGAGGAGGAGUACAACACCAGCAUUCAGGAGAAGUUACCUCUUAUCAUUGGCUCGGCAGCUGCUGGCUUGGUCUUCCUCAUCGCUGUUGUCGUUAUCAUUAUUGUCUGUAAUCGGAGGCGUGGCUUUGACAGGGCUGAUUCCGAAUAUACCGACAAGCUGCAGCACUACACCAGCGGCCACAUGACUCCAGGAAUGAAGAUUUAUAUUGAUCCGUUCACAUAUGAGGACCCCAAUGAGGCUGUCAGGGAGUUUGCCAAGGAGAUUGAUAUAUCCUGCGUGAAGAUUGAACAGGUCAUUGGUGCAGGAGAGUUUGGGGAAGUUUGCAGUGGCAACCUGAAGCUCCCAGGUAAAAGGGAGAUGUUUGUGGCCAUAAAAACUCUGAAGUCUGGCUACACAGAAAAGCAAAGGCGGGACUUCCUGAGCGAGGCCAGCAUCAUGGGCCAGUUUGACCAUCCUAAUGUCAUUCAUCUGGAGGGAGUGGUCACCAAGAGCAGCCCCGUCAUGAUCAUCACAGAGUUCAUGGAAAACGGAUCUCUGGAUUCCUUCCUCAGACAAAAUGAUGGGCAGUUUACUGUGAUCCAGCUCGUUGGUAUGCUGCGUGGCAUCGCUUCAGGCAUGAAAUACCUCGCCGACAUGAACUAUGUGCACCGUGACCUUGCUGCUCGUAACAUACUGGUCAACAGCAACCUUGUGUGCAAAGUGUCAGACUUUGGUCUCUCACGCUUCCUGGAGGAUGAUACAUCAGACCCAACCUACACUAGUGCUCUGGGAGGGAAGAUUCCUAUCCGAUGGACUGCACCUGAAGCUAUCCAGUACAGGAAGUUCACCUCUGCCAGUGAUGUGUGGAGCUACGGGAUCGUCAUGUGGGAGGUCAUGUCUUACGGGGAGAGGCCUUACUGGGACAUGACCAAUCAAGACGUCAUCAAUGCCAUAGAGCAGGAUUACCGGCUGCCCCCUCCCAUGGACUGUCCCAGCGCUCUGCACCAGCUCAUGCUGGACUGUUGGCAGAAGGACCGCAACAACCGGCCCAAAUUUAGUCAGAUUGUCAACAACCUUGACAAGAUGAUUCGCAAUCCCAACACGCUAAAGGCCAUGACCCCGUUAUCUUCAGGAGUUCAUCUCCCUCUUCUGGACCGCAGUAUCCCAGACUUCUCCAGCUUCAGCACCGUGGACGAGUGGCUGGAUGCUAUCAAGAUGGGCCAGUACAAAGACAGCUUUGCCAACGCUGACUUUACCACUUUUGAUGUGGUGUCCCAGAUGACCAUGGAUGACAUCCUGAGGGUCGGUGUGACGUUAGCAGGUCAUCAAAAGAAGAUCCUCAACAGUGUCCAGAUGAUGCGGGCACAGAUGAACCAGAUCCAGUCAGUGGAGGUUUGACCCUCCCGAGAGGCGCAGAGGGAAAAAAGGCGGUUGGGAUGCAGGGCUCUGGGUGCGGAGGAAGGUGUGGAUGUUUUUUUCGUGUGACGGAGUGUCUGGUCGGCCCACCAGAUGAGCAUUCAUCCCCUGUUGCCCUCUCCAGUACCCUCUCUUUUUCUCUUGUCCCCUCAUCCCUGACUCUCCUUUCAUCCGUGGGAUCAGCGAUGGAGAGUUGCAGAAACAAAAUCUAUGUGAUGAGACAUCAGUAAGCCUACAACCAACUGACCUUUAGAGCCAGAAAUAUGGGAGAUUAGAAGAGACCAGCAAUCCAUUUUCCAAUCUUCCACCACUUUUCAUUUAAAGUUGAACAUUUACUUUUUUGGUUUGUUUGUUCUGAUAAUUUGUAAAGAAUUUUUUAAAGAAAAAAAAAGGAAAAACUGAGAAAAGGCAAGGAGUUUAUCUAAAUUUAUAGAUGAUAUAAGGUUGUACGCUAGAUGAACUGAGUAGGAAUGCUACCCUUUAAAAGGGCAAAAAAAAUUUUAAAAAAGAAGGAAAAAACAAGGAAGAGUUGGGUGGACGAGGCCGUCCUCAAGAAGGUGUGGAUAUAAUCUUUGUUGUUUUUAAUUUUGGAAAUCAUGAGGAAACAGAGUUGUCUGAGGCCUUCUGAAAGGCAGAGGAGCCCCAGGGACCCCACGUCCACUCCCAACUGUUUCCCCAUGAGACAAAAGAAAAUGAAAGGAAUCCAUGAAAUGGACAACUGUUGACAUAAACUGAUGUCAAGACUCAUUCAUCCAGACUCCAACAGUGGAAUCAACACUCAAGAAAACGCUCUUUUCUCAUUGCAAGUUAUUUUCUAUAUUGUGUGAAAUUUUGUGAUGAAGACUCCCUCUCACCAUGCUUCCUCUCACUGUAGACAAUAUGACAUUUUUUCACAGUGAAAUAUUCACAACCUGCCAAAUAGAACUCUUCCCUUUUUGCACCCGAGUCAUGAUCCUGUACUGUACAUAUCAGCUGCACUUGACCUGCCAUGACACAGUGACUCAGAGACAGGUACUAAAGCGAACCAGUCAAACAGUAGGAACAUUGAAAACAAGGAUUUGAGUUCACUCUGUUUGACUUCAAGGGAAAAACAGUGUGUGAGAAAAAAGAACCGCUUCCGACACAAAAAGAAACAGGUUCUACUGUUCACAUCGGCACAUGUUACAGCAGUACGUCCUGUUCACAUCCUCCCUCAUCUCCUCCUCGUGUUCAUCUCCACCGCCGUCUGCGCACACGCAUACGCCCGUCACUCCUGAAGCGUCGGGACUCACGUUUGAUAGCAUGCUGAGUGAGUGGUUAAUUUCACAGGGCUUUGAUUUUCUGCAAUUACUAGGAAUCUGUUUGGUAAGAGCUUAGAUUUGACACACUUUACAGAGUAUAAUGUGGCUGCAUUAUAGUCACUGUUUCUUCUUCUUCUUCCAGUUUUCUUUUUAAAUAGAUGUUUCUGUUUAUAGUGUUAAGUUUUGCAACCACACAUUUCUUUUACAAAGACACAGUCAUGAACAUUACAAUCAGGCAUUUGUUGAAUUAAGAAUGAAAAUGCAAUGCGUUAAAUCAUUGCACUUUCUGUGUGAAUAUUAUUGAACUGUUAUUAUUAUAAUUAUUAUUAUUAUUAUUACUUUUCAAUUUUUUUCUGCACUGAGUCUAGGGUGACUCCAAGAAAACACUCGGGAUCUUCCAUCAAUGCUUUGAAUUUUUUUUUUUUGCUUUUAGGUGCACAAAAAAACAUGUAGAUAAGCAGCAUUUCCCUGUUACAGAAUGGUUUCAUAAUGAAGACAGUACAUGCAUUUAUUGUACGUUUUCCUGUGAGUUUUCUGUCUCCUGAGUACAAAGCUGUCGAUCAUCGUUUGCGUCGUCAUUGGUAACCUGGUGUAAGGGUCAAAGGGGUAAAGAUGGAGUUCAUAGCGAUGCAGCGAUUCCCCGGAGACGGCGAAUCAGACAGGAUUUUAUGUAUACAACCAGUAAGUAAUAUCAGCAGUGCAGAGCUCCCACUGGGCUCCUGCCUCCAGACCUGACAGGCAGACAUGGACGCCCAGCUGUGAGCCAUCGGUCAGAUGUGUCCAGUCACAGCGGGGCGGCUGCACCCACGAUCACAGCCGCUCUGUCCUGGGCACUGAUUCCCUCUCGCUCCCCUUGAUCACAUAAAUGCCUGCCGGCCACCUGUCGGUCGCUCCCACUGAUCUCCGACGUCGGCUUUCAGCAGUUGUCCGGGUUCGUCUCUGCCUGGUUUAAAGGCAUCAACAGCGGCAGGCGGCCUGACACUCAUCAGCGGGGAGGCCGCCGUCCGUCUGUGUGUGAUGAUGCUGCGUGUAUGCGGUUAUAAGGAAAAGAAAAGAUUCCCUCUGGCUGGACGAUGCUUCCACAUUCAACAAAUCAUCAGUUUUAGCCGCGUCACUUCAGACAGCGUCAGCACCAAAGCCUCGGUUAAAGAAAGUAGCUGUCGACUUUCAUGCUUCCUUUUUUUUUUUUAUUAUUACUAUCACUGGCUGUCCAGAGAAUUUCAGGUCAUGACAGGAUGGGUUUUUUAUUCUCUCCCCCUGCUCCAUAAUCCUCUCACAGUUAUUUUCACGUGCAGUGCAAACACAUCAGGACGGAUAUUUCCCCCUGCAAGUUUUUAUAACAUAUGAAACUGGAGGAGGGGAGUCAUGAGGUGUUAGUCAUAGCUGAAAAAGUCAGUGAGAAGUGAUGCUGUGACCUAAAUGCCACCGAUGCCAGCAUGCCGUACGCUUCUUUACCCGAGCUCCAGACCGUCUUCCUUUUCCAUCUCUCAAUACUUAACAGCUCAUCAGUUUUAUUUACUGUGACUGAGGCUGUAAGUCUUCACAUGGUACAGAAAAAUAUUCCAGCAGCAGGAAAAACACUUAAGUCAGGAAAUUAAAGUAAAGUAUACACAAGGAUGGGGAGGUUUAGCUCCGAACCCAUUAAAGCUCAUUGUCCGUCGACGCUGCCAGGACUUUGAGUUAUUAAUCAAGCAAUUAUCCUUGAACUUCUCUUCAAGGAUUUACCUUAAAUAGGGUGAGCGGGAAUAGCUAUUACCAGGAAAAAAAAAAAAAAAAAAAGAGCGCUGGAGUUGAUUUUAUGUUGUAUUUACUUGCAACUGAGAGAAUUUCUUUAUGUUGGACUUCUUCUGAAGGGGUUAGUGUGAUUUCAAAUUGCAUCUCAAGGAGUGUAAAGAAACCCUUCUGAUUGAAUGUGGAGUGUUUGGAAGCACUGCAUGAAAUAUUUAUGUAUCUUAUGAUUUUGAUGGCACAAAAAAAAUUGUAUUGUUCAAAGUGCAGUUCAAGCUGAGCAGUGAUCAGUGGGAGAAGAAAUUGCCACACUUACAUCAAGUGUUUGAAGUGAUUCUGACUCCUUCUAGAAGAGUGGAGUGGUUGACUUUACACCGUAGCAAAGCUGUGAAAAAAAAAAAAAAAAAUAGAGUCCCCUGACAUCC